AUGGCAAUGCUGUUCACCACCCCAGCCGACAGCUUCACCAUGACCACCCGGUCCAUGUCUCGCCAUGGCACCCGGGCCGUCAUCAAAGUCCGCCCUGUCCGCCGCCAGAAGAUCUGGCUUCGCCUGCCGGGAUGUUACUCCCCCCGCCCUCACAAGGGCAAAAAAAGCGGUAUCGUUCUUAGUCUCAAGAAGAAGAAGAACGGCCAGACUGGCUGGGUGGGAAAGGGUGAAAGCUUUUACCUCGCUCGCUCUUCAAAACGUCGCGCCUACCCCGAGCGUGACCCAGUACCUCGAACUUCACGCAUUGUCCCGCCAGCGGAGUCUAGGUCGCUCAUGACCAUCGACUUCCGUCUGCGAAUCACCCUCACACGGAAUCUCUACCAUUCGCAUCAUCGGACAUUCUGA